CAUCCACCACAUCACCCUGAUGACAUGUACGAGAUUGCGUGACUUUUUGUAAAUGUUGAUAUUCUAUGUCUCGUGUUGGAGUUGGAACACCCCUUUUGCAUGUAUUGCAGAUUUUCUAUAUCUAUUUGUAUAACCCCAGCGCCGGCUGUGACUGGAUUGUCUGCCGCUACCACUCUUACCACACCCACUGACUACUCCACCUAUACCAAUUUCAUAUGUUUUUCUUGUUUUUUUGUGAAUUGUCCACUGUACUUUUUAGCCCUUGCGGGAGCCCAUGCGGGGAGAAAUUCUCUCGAAGCAACUGCAAACACGCAUCUUGUUGUACUUCAACCUUUGCAUUUGGGGGUUGUUGUGUUCUUCAGACUUGACGGAAAGUGUUCUGGUCUGAUCCACAUCCAGGGUGAUCAAACCCAAUGCACGCCCACUCCAACGGCGACCGGUCAUCUGCUAUCCAUCUUUAGUCCGUCGAGUUUCACGGUAUCGACCGACUCCACCUCAUUUUGCCUGGAAGAAUGGGGCAGACGGGACGAAUUGGUUCUACCACUUCAUGUUCUGCUUCUUUCUCUUUCCUUUUCUGUUUGUAUAAGGGAAAUCUUAUCUUAACCUUAACCUGAACUAUAUCAAUCAACCUCGUUGAGUCAAUGA